CUGACCGGAAGUGGCCGUCUUCGUUAAACUCCGUGAUGGCGGCGGGACGAGGGGAGUUUUUUCGGAGUUUGUUGGCGGGAUUGGAGAGAAAACCGGGUCCAGGUGGAGGACAGCGGGGUCCAGGUGAGAGACAGCCGGGUCCAGGUGGAGGACAGCGGGGUCCAAGUGGAGGACAGCCCGGUCCAGGUGGAGGACAGCCGGGUCCAGGUGGAGGACAGCCGGGUCCAGGUGGAAGGCAGCGGGGCGGCAGGAGGAGGAAACGGCCGCUGAGAGGAGCUCCGAGCUCGGUCGGCGGGAAAGAGCGCAGCCGCUCAGAGAGACAGAAAGUGAAAACUUCAUCCAGAGAAAACUUCAUCGAAAGGCUGCCGUCUGAGAUCCUGAUCAAGAUCCUGUCGUACCUGGACAGCCCCUCGCUCUUCUGCAUCGGCCACGUCAGCAAGCUCUUCCACCGGCUUUCCAGCGACGAUGUCAUGUGGCAUAAGAUUUACAACGCAGAGUUUGGGAAGCAAGUGUGGAAGCCGAAGUGGUGGGACGAGCCGGCGCUGAAGGUCGACCCCGCGGAGGCGGAGGAUCAGUCGGCGGGUCGCUGGAAGAAGCUGUACUUCAGGACCGUCGCUGGACAGGAAAUGAGCAAGUGGAGGAGAGAGCUGACGGACAUCAAUCCAUACACCGGACUACCCAAGCACACGGAGCGAGUCCUCAGGAGCCUGAACGUGAGCUGGGAGCUGACGGUGUGCGAUCGUUUCGGACACGAGAAGACGAUGGAGCAGAGCCGAGCGUACUUCUUCAAGUCGUCUGCGAUCGUCUGCUGGAGCAACGGGAGCUUCCCCAAAUACCAUCACAUCAGCAACAUCCAGCUGCACGGAGUCCGGAAGGAGGCGCCGAAGAGCCCCGAAGUCAGGAGGCCGGCGUGGCGCUCUCUGAUUUUAAAGCUGGACAUGAAGACUCAGCCCGGUUGGUUCUUCGGCAAAGACAGGCUGAUCAAACUGAUGCAUCUGCCGCCCGGCUUCAUCGUAGGCAUCUGGAGGGGUCAGAGUGACGUUGCCUUCAUCAUGGUCAGCCUUCACCUCCACAAGCUGGUGGAGAAGAGUCUGCUGGGAUCUCCGGUCUGCCCGUACUCUGAACCUGCAGACCUUCCACCCGUGGAUGACUUGGACCCUGAGUUCGGUCUGCACGGCUACGCGCUGCACUUUGUCCUGCACAACACCGGCUCUGAGAUCAUGUUAGGACACUUCUGUAAACUCUCCUGCCACACAGUCCAGAUCCAGCGUGGAUGGGUGGAGCUCAGGGUCAUCAACAGGACCAACUUAUCCCAGCACAGAGCGAUGUCCGGAAACAUCACAAUGCCCUGGAAGAGCGACGCCCUGGAGGGCUCAGUAGAGAACUGCUGCAUCAUAUCGCUGACCCUGCUCGACGAGAUCCAGAAACCCUUCUGGUGCGUCAGCUCGCCCAUCCGCGUCACCAUGGUGAAGAAGACGCCGUCCUCCGACUACAGCGGCGAGCACUUCGCGAUGGACUACCAGAACCCGGAGGGUCAGGUGAAGAUGAGUCUGGUCUGGUUGAAGGAGCAGAAGCAGUUCUUCCUCAUCAGCCUCAUUAUCUAUGUUCCUGUUUUCAAAGUCAACAAGCAUUUCAGCACUGAGUACUGAGGCUGAACGGGAACGCUCAAAGUUUGGUUUAUAUUUUCAGAGUUUUUCUUGUUUACAACAUGUUGCACUUUGUAGUUUUUGUUGAUUAAAGUCUCGUCCUGUAAGAUCAGGGAGAAA